AUGCAGCAGAAGGAGUCUGCCUUUUCAGCAGGCCCAUCUUUACUGGUCGGCGUCCUCUCAAAGGCUAGUCAUCACCAGCUCCGCUCCAGAGUUGUGCCUCUGUUUGCGAGCCUGGGUGACAAGGCCAAAAUGAUCCUCUUCGUUGGGAACAGCACCAGCAAGGACGUUGCAGAAGCACGUGCGGCUGAGUACGGAGGCCUUCCGCUUGUGUGGCUUGAUGUGGAGGACGGGUAUCCGCCCCGUCUGAAAGAUCUCGCAAUGUGGCAGUAUAUGUACGAGCAUCAUGCCACCGAGUAUGACUGGUUCAUGCACCUUGACGAUGACGCCUAUGUCGACUUCGAGCGCUUGAGGGACUUCUUACGAGGCUUCGAACUGUCGGAAAGAAACGCGGGACCUUUGUACCUUGGCGGGCCAACAACCGGGGCGAAAUUCGACCCGCAAGGCCGACCUCUCAAUGUUGAGAAGGGAAAGCAUGGGGAGCUCCUUCCGUACUGCGUCGGCGGACCUGCCUACGUCCUCAACAGAGUUGCGCUUCAGAAAAUGGGACCGCACAUCAGUCAGUGCGCCGUCGAGUGGUCUAGCUGGCACUCUAACGUCGAAGUGGGGCGCUGCGUUACCAAGCACGCGGGCGUGGCUUGCGGUUCCAGACCAUUUUCGGAGGAUCAGAUGAAGGCCCGCUUCAAGAGCGCUUGGAGCGUCGACCGGCAGAUCCUGUUACCGAUGGUCUUGGAGCCGGUGCAUCUGAACGCCAUCGCUUUGCACCCGGUGAAGCUGCGCGGACUUCGGUCUCUGCCAAACCACAUGGAGCCUGUUCGCACGCAGGUCGAAGCUGCGAAAGCUCAACGGAGGUACUUACAUUGGGACGGCGUUGAAACUAUUGCUUUGCGUGGCGGGUAUAAGGCGCUAAGGCUGGCCCUCACGUGUGCUUUACGUGAGGCACGUGUGCUCCGACGUAUCUUUGUGAUGCCGGCCCUGGUUCCAGAUGGAGACGGAGGACACGUGUCCAUUCAUCAGCUUUUCGAUGUGCAAAGAGCGAGCGCGCGUCUUGGCGCGAUCGAGAGCGACUCUGCCGAGUGGACGAGAGUCGUGCAGUGGCCCGCCGAGUAUGUCGGAGUAGGCGAUGAGGGGGCUUUCAUGGACACUGGCUAUUUGUCGAAGGCAGAGUUAGGGGAAGCACGCGUUCUUAUUCGGCGCUUUGCUUCGAAUGACUCAGACCGUCCGAUGCUCGGAGAAGCGGUCGAAGCGUUCUGUCAAGGCUUCGGCAAUGAGGGGAUCGACCUCCUAUAA